AUGGAUCCUUCUGCAACGCUUUUAAGUCUUCUUCACAAGAACCAACCCUCCUCUUCAGCUGACUCGUCUUUGGCUGGUCAACUGAGUCCAACCGCAUUCUCUCCACACAACUCGCAAUCCACGACGACUGUUCAGUCAAACCCACUAUCUCAACAAAAUUCUACUGUUAGUAACAGCACUAGUACUGCGUUAUCACUUUUCAGCAUGCCUCAAUAUCCACCACACACUUCACAGCAGCAACAAUACAACGGGUCAAUUGGUUUCAUGCCGAGCAUGGUUCUACCGCCUACCACUGGUGUUCCUCCAGCUCCGCCGCCUCCACCAAUUCAACAAGCUGGUGGAUCAUUAACCCAAUCGAAAACUCCGCCGCCAGAUCCGUUGGCUACCUUGCUUCAAACCUUGAAUCCAAAUCCGAUACCGAUGGCUCCGCCACCACCACCGAUUCCUAAAUCUGUUGUAACACAGGCUGAAGUUCAAGAGACAAGAGCAUCUAGUGAGUCUGAUUCCCCUUCUACUUCAUCCGUUCAUGUAAAUGGAGAUUCUUCUUCGAAUGGAAAUCCCACGUUAACUAUAGAUAAGGAACCAUCAUCUUUGUCAUCAUUGAAAUUACCUUUUUUUGGUCUUAAUCCAUCUGGAUCGAAUAUAAAUGAAGAAGAAAUUCAGGUUCAGACAGAGCGCAUAAUCCCGGCUUCUCCACCUUUAGAAUCUUCUGUAACUCAGAUUACUAAUCAUUCCGAACUAGAAAACAAUAAACAUACAUCACCUUCUGAAAAAUCAGGUGUUGAAGAACGGAUAAAAACACCGGUGGAAAUAAUUGAUUACAAUAAUCUUUCAACGCAUGUAGUAAACUUGACAUCGUCCAAAUUAACUCCAACACUUGAAAAACAAUCACCGUCGCCAGUUAUAAAAUCAAUGUUUACCUAUACAAAUCCAUUUGAUUUGUUGAAUAAGUCACCGCCUUCUCCUCCUCCUAAUCGAGAAUAUAAUCAUAUCCAAUGGGCAUCCAAUAUACAAUCUUCGCCUACGCAAAAAAAACGAGAAAUUACCUCGCAUGCUAAAGAAGGUGGAAUGUUUUCGCGUCCUUUGCAUCAGAUAGAACCGUUUUUAUCCGGUUUAUCAGCAUGGAACGUUCGUGCUACUUCUGCACCGAAAACUGAAUUGAGUCCUCCAGAUGGAGUAAGACUCCCACCAGGUGAUAUUGUGUACAGUGCAGCGGAAAGAAAUGAGGCAGUAUUAUUUACAAAAGACUUGAACAUCGAGACUAUAACCCUUAUUCCGAGUGAUCUCGAAUAUCGCGUUGGAAAAUCAUUAGCUGUUAAUGGGCAAUAUAUUUGUUAUACCGUUAAAGCUGGAAAAGUUCGAGUUAUUAGCUCACUUUAUGGCAGCAAAACAUUAUUGCGUAAUCAUGAAAAACCAAUUGUUGACAUUAGUAUCCAGAAUUCAUCUAUACCUGAUAUUGACGCUCCAGUUGACAAGCAAUUGCUUCUCGCAAUUGGAGCUGAUAGUAAAAUUACUGUAUGGGAGCUUUCAGAUGCACCUCAAGAACAGAGCGCCGAAAUUCCAUAUAAAACGAUCCUUGAGAUUGAUGGGAAGGAGUUGACUGAUGAUAAUCAUUGGCGAUAUCUUCGUGCUGUUUGGCAUUCUGUUAAUCGUAACAUGUUUGCUGUGGCAACAAACACCAAUGAUGUGCUUAUUAUUGAUAUUAACAAGUUAUUGGAUGGUGCAGAAUCCGGCAGUUUCAAAGAACAUGAAAUUUCUGAAAAGAUUAUUAAGACUGAUCGCCAUGAAGAGACCAUUAGUGACAUGACAUUUUCAUUUGAUGGAACAAUUCUUGUGACUGCAAGCUACGAAAAUAUAAUGUUUUCCGAAUUAGAGAUCAACAGUGAUAAUAUCAUUGAAGGAGUUGGUCCGGUUCACAGAAUAAUUAUGAGUGGGGAACAAGUUAGCUCUGUGUUUCUAGUUAAUCCUCAAGAUUUGUCCCCUGAAGCGACAAUUCCUCCACUGAAAUGUAACUACGCGAUAAUUGGUACCGAACGUAAUACCACUAUACAUCUAUACGAUGUUGUCGAAGGACAAACCGUGCAGACAAUCAAAUGCUUGCCGCCUCCUGUACGACGUCCAUCCUUGAACAAAGCAUACCGAAAAGAAGAUGACAUGUUCAAUUGCAUUGAUUUCGAUCAGCAUACACACACUUUGGUUCUUGCAAAUAGUGCAAGAAUAUCUAUUAUUGCCUUGCAUUUGAAUAUUCCUCAAGGAAAGAUAGACGCUUACCAUAUUUCUCCUGAACAGACAGAUAUGGGUAUUCCAGGACUUAUUGAAACUGAGCAAACGGACUCACUUGAAGAGUCUUCUUUUAAUUCGCCACAAUUUGAUUAUCUAAUUGAAUUUCCGGUAAAUCAAUUGGUUGGCAGCUUCGUCCUCGUGUCAGAUUCGUCAUCGAGCUCUCAUGAAUCUGAGGGCCUUUCUUUCUACUGUAUUCAAUCAAAAGCUGUACAGCAAUAUUACAUCUCUAAAGAACUCCUGUACCCGAAUAAUAUUGACCAUUGUCCGAUAUUUGAGAACGUGACACGAUCAAUCAAUCAAGUUGAGCAAGACGACCGGAAAGUAACUCAAUUGGACGAAAGAGGUGAUUUUAAAAAAGAAGAGCCCGAAAAGAAUGUUUUUAAAUCAUCUGUUAAAUCCGAAAAUUCACAAUAUUCUAAUAAUGAAGAAAAUUUGACGGAAAAAGAUAAUUUCAAAGAAACAGUUGUUGGUUCAAUUACGACUGGUACUGAAAAUACUUCUAUUGAUGUAAUUGCUACUACAGAAACGGUAACCGUUGAAACGGAAACAACCGAAAAAGUGGAAAACGCCUCAGGUAAUAAUAACGAAUCAGCUAUUAGUAGUAAUGUCGUUGUCUCUGAAGAAACUGAGGCAAAAGGAUUGGAUCAAAAUAACAAUAAUAACAACAACAAAGUCGACACAUCAUCUGGUAAUAAGCUUGGUUCAGCCGUCAAUGGAGCUAUUUCAAAAAUAAAAAGAAAGGGUUUUCCUUCUUCAUCAAAUCAAGCUGAAACAUUAUCUGAUCCCGAGAAAAGUUCAAGACGUAAAGAAUCGCGUCGAGCAGCCAUGGAAAGAGAAGGAGGCGCUGAGGGUGAAACUACAGGUAAAUCCGCUGGGAAAAAAUCUCUUGACGGUGUUUCUUCCAGAAAUAAUGGAAAACUUUCUGGUGGAGCUGAAAAAUCGCGAAAAAACAACGAUAAUCAACUCGAAUUAGGAAACAAUAAUAGAGUUAAUUCCGGAGGAAAAGUUGCUUUUUCAAACAAUCAACAGCAACCAACCUCUAGUGGAUAUGAUUCCUUGACAGGUCAUGAAGGCUCCCAGCAAGCACUCCGUCGUUCGGCGCCCCCUGAAACGUACAAUAACCAGAAUCUCACCAGAGAACUAAAAAAGAUUGAAGAUAGUUUGACCAAUAAAAUUGGGAAAAUGUUUGGCAAAGAAAUGGAUAAACAAUAUCAAAGAUUGGAGGAAGAACGCAAUUCUCAUCAAGCCGCUGAAACAGAGCGUCAAGAGACUAUUCUCAAAAUGGUUUCUGAUGCGCUCACAAAGAAUACUGCUAAAUUCUUAGAAUCGACAAUUCGCAGUGAAAUUCAAAAUAACGUGGUUCCAAUGCUAAAUAAAUUGGUGGCCACUUCAGUUGAUAAGCAAGUUAAUAGAGGGAUGGUUGAAGCUAUUAAUAAGAGUAUUCCAGCGGCUAUUGAUAAAGCUGUGAGUGAAAAUGUCCAGCGAGUUCUCUCCAAAUCUUCAGUGAUUGAUUCCAUUGCAAAAAGUGUCUCCAAGUCCAUGAGACCAGUCAUCGAAGAGAUAUUCCGGGAGAAUUUCACCAAUAUGCUUAUUCCGUCAUAUGAAAAGGCUACCAACGCUAUGUUUGACCAGAUUCAUCGAACUUUUAAUACUGGCUUACAACAAAUUACACAAAAAUCAUCGCAGUCUGGUUCAAGUGUUGAUUCUAACGCGAUAGCCAGACUUCAAACAUCAAUCGAUCAACUCACGAUGUCGAUGUCACAAUUGCAACAAGUACAACAGUUACAAGCGAGCAUGCAAACAAAUCUUAUUAGUCAAUUGACUGCUCCUCAUAUUGAUCAACAACAACAUCAAAUUGGCCGUUCAUCUACCGAAUAUCCUUAUAUAUAA